AUGCAGUCACCAGUGGGCAUGCUGCACCUAUCUGUGGUCCACAUGAUGCUGCCGUCCCUCCCUCUCUCUCUCUCCCUUCCACUCACUCAAUCCCACUCCCUUCCCCCUCCCUUCUCUCUCCUUCCUUCUAGGGGUAACCACUGGGCUGGUUUGAGGAGCGCUCUCACUCCCAUGUUCCACCGCUCCACCCAUCUCCACUCCUUCCUUUCCGGAAUGCACCGUUCCGUUCUCCAUAUGCUGCUGCUGCCGUUGUGGGAUGCGACACAAACGAGGGCAGGGACGCAAGAGGAGGGAGGGAGAGAACGACGAGGGGGGUCGGGGGCACAAGAGGUGGGAGGGACGGAGGGAGGACGGGGCGAGGAGAGGGAGAACCAAAAGGGAGGACGGGGUGAGGAAAGGGAAAAGGAGCAACGAGAGGGAGGAGGUAGCGAGAAGGGGUGGGUGGAGGUGGAUUUGAUGGGCAUGUUUGAAGCAGUGGGGCUGGCAUCUAUUGGUGCUGCUUGCUUUGGUGACGACCUGUGGUUCCAGCAGGACAGUGCUGACACACACACAGCACCCCACACUGCCGCACUCCACACUGCUGCACCGCACACUGCCGCCCUGGCGUCUAUUGGUGCUGCUUGCUUUGGUGAAGACCUGUGGUUCCAGCAGGACAGAACUGCUACACUCACAGCUGCGACAGCCGACACUGGGGCAAACAAGCAGGCAGGGGCGAAGCUAGGGGCGCACAGCAGCACUACUGAACCUGCACCUCCUCACACCACAUUACCACCACACACAGCAGCACACUCUACCGCACUACACACUGCUGCACCGCACACUGCCUCCCUGGCACGGGCAUACGGGGCGAACGAGCAGGCAGGGGCGAAGCUAGGGGCGCUCUCAUCGCUUCUCCUGGCCCUCUCCCCUGCAUGCCUGCACCCCUGGGCGCAUGCGCUGCUGGGUGUGCUGCCUGGGAGCACCGUGGGCGCUGCAAGAGAGAGACACCGAGAGCUGAUGCUGGAGUGGAAGCUUCUCCUCGUGGCCCUCUCCCCUCCGUGCCUGCACCCCUGGGUGCAUGCACUGCUGGGUGUGCUGCCUGGGAGCACCGUGGGUGCAGCGAGGAAGAGACACCGAGAGCUGAUACUUGAAUGGAAGGUGAGAGGUUUGAGGCAGCACUUAGCAACUAAGGUGUUCAGUGCGGUGCCCAGAGGUACCACGUUCUCGCUAUGCCCCUGGGUGCAUGCGCUGCUGGGUGUGCUGCCUGGGAGCACCGUGGGUGCAGCGAGGAAGAGACACCGAGAGCUGAUGCUUGAAUGGAAGGUGAGAGGUUUGAGGCAGCACUUAGCAACUAAGGUGUUCAGUGCGGUGCCCAGAGGUACCACGUUCUCGCUAUGCCCCUGGGUGCAUGCGCUGCUGGGUGUGCUGCCUGGGAGCACUGUGGGUGCAGCGAGGGAGAGACAUCGUGAGCUGAUGCUGGAGUGGAAGAGAAAGGCACAGGGGCAGGAUUGCAUCCGACUUCCCUCUGAUCCAUGUGGCCUCCUGGGCGCGGGAGUGGAAGCACAUCAUCCACCCUGGCUUUACUCUGAUUGUCCCCCGGACCCCCUCCCCUCCCCUCUGCCUUCCAGCUUCCGAGACAAGGGCACAGGAGCAAGACUGGCCGAUUCCGACCUGCCUCUGAUUCUCUUUGGCCUCCUGGGCGCCGGAGUGGGGACCACAUCGUCCACGCUGGCAUUUGCCGUCCACAUGCUGACUCAGCACCCGGACGUUUCACGGAAGCUUCAGGCUGAAAUCGACAGGUACUUCGAGGAAAGGGAGCAGGCGGGAGAGGUAAAAGGGGAGGGGAAAGGGGAGGAAGAGGGGGAGGGAGAGGGGGAGGGGGAAGAGGAGGGAGAGGGGAAGGGGGAGAGGGGGCCAGGGGAGAUUGGGCGAAGAAGGUUCGAUGACUCACCCCCUGUUUUUAAAAAUAGGUCUUUAUUUAAAGGCUUAGAAGUGCUUAAGUAUCUUGAUAUGGUUGUAAAAGAAACACUUAGGCUGUACCCUGCUGCCCCUAUAGCUGCCCGGCUGCCCGUCCAUGCAACGACUCUGGCUGGUUACCACAUCCCUGCGAAUACACCCGUUGUGGUCCCGAUUUUCGCUGCCCACCGCUGCCCGGAUUUCUUCCCCCGGCCGCUUUCUUUUCUGCCCGAACGUUUCGGUACGGCAGGAGGCAGUGCGGUUCUACACCUGAUGGUGGUGUGGCAUUUGAUUCGACUCUUAAGUCACCGCACCUCCCAUCUCACCCCACCCACCCUCUUCUCCCCACCUACCAGCACCCCGAGGAGGCCCGCCCACCUGAUUGUGGUGUGGCCGGUGCGCUCUGUGGGGGGCUUUCACCUGCCGCUGCCCGUGCCUGCGCCCAAGGACUGA